AUGGGCUGCAACAAUCACAAGGGCAAAAUAAGCCAUGAGCUGAUUGCAGCUGUCGUCUCCUACGAGGCUGCUAAGGCCUAUGAGGAUCAGGUCGCUGAAAAUGGUCCGCCUGAUAGCCACGAGAAGGCCAAGGAGGUUCUUGCUGCAAUUGCUGGCGGUAUCCUUGACCGUGAAGUUGAGACCAGGGGUCUUGAUUUCAUUGACCGGGAGCGGGCCAAGAGACAUGCUGAGCGUCAACUGGCCGAAGCUUACUCUCAGGAUUACUAG